UCCUACUUCACAUCAAUACACAUCAAGUGAAAAUGGAGUCCUCAAAGCAGCAACUCACUGCUCUUCUUCUCAUCUCUAUGUUCUUCAUUUCCACUGCCACUCCCAUUGCUCUUGACUGUGUUCCCUGUGGAGACAAACCACCACCACACCACCACCAUCACCCAAAACCACCCACCGGAAAACCACCAAAAUCCCCUAAACCACCCACCGGUAAACCACCAUCCACCCACCCACCUCAUGUCAAACCACCUCAUGUCAAACCACCUGUUGUCAAACCACCAAUCACCCAUCCACCUGUUGUCAAACCACCUGUUGUCAAACCACCUGUUGUCAAGCCACCAAUCACCCUCCCACCGGUUGUCAAGCCACCAAUCACCCUCCCACCAGUGGUAACUCCACCUGUGGUAACCCCACCAAUCACUGUCCCACCUGUACUCAACCCACCAUCAGGAGGGAAGCCAGGAACACCAUGCCCACCACCACCGUUUGUGCCAACACCUGCGCCCACCUGCCCCAUAGACUCACUAAAGCUUGGAGCUUGUGUGGAUCUUUUAGGUGGGUUGGUUCAUAUUGGGUUGGGUGAUCCAGUGGUGAACCAAUGUUGUUCUGUUCUUGCUGGUUUAGUGGAGCUUGAGGCUGCAGUUUGCUUGUGCACAACCAUAAAGCUUAAGCUUUUGAAUAUCAACUUAUACUUGCCACUUGCUCUUCAGUUGCUUAUUACUUGUGGCAAAACACCACCUCCUGGUUACACUUGUUCUAUUUAAGUUUUUAAGUUCCCAUUUAGGGAUAGGAUUGAUGAAUCCAUGGGUGAAGUCGCCAUCAGGAUCAACAACUCUCUUUGUUUGGAAUGCUUAAGGAAAUUAAUUUUCGAUUGUUUUGAUUAGUGUUUCACGUUAUUUUUGGAUCAGAUAUAAUUAAUCAAUGUUUGAUGCAUGGUUUGUUUUGUUGAUGCAAGGAUAUAAGAACAAUUAAUGGAUAUUUAAUGUUUUUUGGUUUUACAAUUA